CUUGCUUGCAGUGUAGUGGAGCCACCUGGGGGCCUAGCUGGGCGCUCACCUGCAGGGAUCCCCUCUAGCGGCCACAGGAGGAAUCCUUCAGCAAGCCUCCUCGCCCUCUCCCGCUGUCUUAGCUUUCUGGUGAUCGCUUACCUCCACCUGCCCGACAGCAGUAAGACGUGGAGCCCAUGCCGCUUUUACAGAUGAAGAAAUCCUCAUCGGGCUGAGACCUCAACAAAUGGGUUCAGAUCCUGGGGCAGAGAGAGCUCACAGGAAGAUGGACGGGACCCAAGUGGCACAUUGUAGGAACUGCCCAAAGGCCAGCAGGCCAGCGACAGCUUAUGGUAUUUUAGGGGUUAAUCCCAAAUUCAGAUGGGAGCCGUUAGAGGGCUUUAAGCAGGUGAGUGACAGGAUCACUGUGACUACUUCUGAAGUUGUCUGGAGAAGCUCAUGGGAUACUACGUGGCUGCCCUUGUAGUUUGUUUUGCAGUUACAACUAGGGCUUGGAUGACAAUUUUUUUUAUUUCUUUCAGUAGGAUUUUUGAGUGGGCAAAAUUACAAGGCUUUUGGUCUAUCAGAAGGUUUUUGAGAGGUCACCUAGAUAAAUCUCUAUUAGUUCUCCCUACUGGUUCUGACGUAAUUAACCUGAACCCUAAAAUUCUGGCAGCUUCACCUAGGACUUUGAAACGCCUCUUAUGAUUGGUCAACAACUUUUCACUCUAGAGAAACAGAGGACACCAUUGGCUAGAGUUAGAGGCAGCCAGAAGGUGAACUCCAGAAUGUUAGGCCUGUGGUUGUCACGGCGACAGGAAGCUUGGACAGCCCAGACUCAGCCCUUGGGACUCGACCAGGGUGCUUAGAAGAACAUGCAGCAGAUGUUUUCAUCAAAGAAAUGGAAUAUAUCACAGAACUUUGCUGACAUAGUCAACUCUACAGAGAAAGACAAGCAUACUGUCAAACCUUCCAGACAAGCCAACAAACUACAGAAAGGUUUUACUGCUGCAUAUCCAACACAGUCCUCCAUUCCUUUUAAAUCCAAAGUUUCAGAAAUUCCAGAAUCAGAAAGAAGAGGAUUUAAUAGUCAAGCCAGGAGAUUUUAUUAUAAGCAGGAUGACGUCCCAGGUCCUGGAUUCUACGAUGUCAUCCACCAGUCUCCAGUGUCCAACAGUGUCUCAUGGUCCAAGAAAGGAACAAGCACUUUCCCCUCUAUGCGUGCCCGACUACUGGAUAACAACAUUUCUAGAUACCCUGCAGCUAACGCAUACACUAUCCCAUCAGAUUUUAUUUCGAAGAAAGACUUCAGUAAUUCCUAUUCCAGCAUGUUCCAGCUGCCAAGGUUCGCAAAAGCUCUCAAAUGUGGAACUCCUGCACCAAACUAUUAUAACGCCUCCAUCUCUUGCUGCAAGCAGAGAAACAACGUCUCUGCCCGAGCUGGAUUUGUAUCAAAAACCCAAAGAAGAUUUUUCACUGUUACUGAAAAAGCACCUGCCCCAGGGCAUUAUAAUGUCAACGAAUCCCUUGUGAAGCGAUCGCCAAAGAUAUUAAUGUCUUGUUUUAAAUCAAAAACUGAACGUGGAUUAAAAUUGACGUCAACAGGCCCAGGACCUGGUUAUUACAGUCCAAAUGAUGGCACCAAAGUUCAAAGAAAGACUCUUAUCCCGAAAAACCCCAUUCUGAACUUCUCUGCCCAGCCUUCGUCUCUGCCCCCGAAGCUUCCUCUCCCAGGCCCUGGGCAGUAUGAGAUCGUGGACUACACAGGGCCCCCCAAGCAUUUCAUCUCUAGUGCAUCGUUCGUGUCCAACACCAGCCGGUGGACGUUGGCGCCAACCCAGCCAGGCCUGCCUGGCCCAGCCACAUACAGGCCAGAGUUCCCAGGAAAGCAGUCCUUCCUCUACAACGAGGACAACAAAUGGAUCCCAGUGUUGUAGUGAUGUCACACAAGCCCAGGGAGAAACCGUGCCACCGUCCCACCCCCACCCCAGCUUCCCCAGGACAUUACCAGGAGAAUGUGCAUCGCUUGUGUGAGAGCUGAUGACUUGGGAGCAGCUCUGCCACCCCUCCAACCUGGCAUGGGACCUGAACUGCUGCCACUGCCCUUGCCUUGAGCUUCACCUGGAGACAGCACCCCACUCCUGCUGGGUCCAGUGGAUCUUUGAGCAGAGAGGAGAAGUGGACAGAGGCCCCUGACUUCCCAGCUGGCUUCUGGUACAACUCCCCUCCACAGACUUCCUAGGCUCCUGAAGCACAGACUCCAAGGAGAACCAAUCCGCAGCGAGGGCAGCCAAGGCCCAUUCCCACCCCAGGACCCCGAGGCAGAGCCAGAGCCCCUGAGCCUAGGGCAGGCCUGUGAACCAGACAGUGCGGUGGGGGCCCAGGCAUGGUCCCAACCCUCUGCGCCCCACUUCCAGGUGCCUGCUUCAGUUCCAGGCGCCAGCACAGUUCAGAGGUGCCUGUGACAGAGACACAAAGGGGUUGCCUGGGCUUUUUGUCUACACGAAGCCACAGUGUCUCACCUUCAGGAAGAACACAGAAGCCGGUCACCAUAGCCACUUUUUCCCCAUUAACUGCCUCUGGAGAGGCGGGUCACAUCAGUUUACUGGCUUGGCAUUGGAUAGCACAUGUGAAUAGGAUCCAGCGAGGCCACACUGUGCCCCACCCCUGCAGGCUCACACUGUCCCCAAACUUCCCCUUCCCCGCCUGGUCUCUAUCCCCUCCCUGACCUCCUGCCCCAAUGUCAGAAAAAGACAUUUUGACCAAGUGUGACACAAUCUUUAAAGGAUUUUUUCUGGCCUGCCAAAUCGUUUCCCCUCCACAAGAGGAAGAGAUUCCCAGAGAACUGAGAAGAAAUAAAAAUGACCUUCCACCUCCUUGUCCUUCCCACCCCGCCCCCCCCCCCCGCCUUGGCACCUUCCCCACACCCCAGCUUCCCUAAACAGUGAUGUUCUAAGUGGGGUCUCUGGAGUUUCUCCCCUUCCCUCCCCAGCCUCGCUUCCCCAGGGAGCUCUGCCCUUACUUCUCCCAGGGAAUGUCACUUCCCAGGCCUUCCCUGGGAUGGACUGGCUGUUGAUUGGCUCUCCCUUUGGGGAGGGCGGGUGAGGCACAGGGAAGGAGCCUGUGGAGUAACAUAUCCCAUUAAACUGCAUUCUUGCUUCUCACAAAAGCUGGCCCUUCUGUGAACUUCAGCUUCCCACAAGGGCUGGGGGGCUUUGGAAGGAACGAGAGGCCACCUAGAACACAGGAGAUCUGGGCUUAAAGGCAGAGACAGUCUGUGCUUCUGUGCGCCCAGGUCCUUAGCUUCUCCAGAGGAAGGGCUGGGUUGGAAUGCAGGGCCUCUAAGGUCAACCCCUUCCAGGAGCUGGGUGGGCAGGGCCUCCAGCAAAACAGGUCAGGUAGGGAUGGAGAUGCUGGGCUCUGGGAAUGGGCUGCUGCUGCCAGCUACAGGGCUUCCAACACAGCUCCAGGGACUUGUUCCCAGAUACGGUAAAUUUUCUAGUAGCAUCUAGAAGAUCUUUAAAACAUAAAAGCUCUAGAUUUUAGAUGUUAACAACUAUAUUCAAUUUAAAAUUUUUGCUUGGACUAAAGGAAAUUGUUUUGCUGGCCAUCAGUUGGCCACCUCGGUGCUAAAAGUUCUGGAAGAUCCUUCAACGGUGGUGACCUUAAAGCUGUAUCUUUGUUUGAUCACAGAUUGUUGACAGUGGGGCCAGAUCCAGAGGCUUCGGUUUUAAGGUCCAUUUGUCCCUGAGUCCCCUUGGCGACUUUAGCAGCCACUGGGCUGGGAGCAGCUGGCCCUGGGGUCGCUCUGGGCAGGGGCUGGUGGUAAUGCGUUGGACAAUGGUGACAGGCCUCCUCUCCCCUCAGACAGCUCUGCCAAAUGAAGAGUGUCUCAGAAGCAGCCCCCGUCAGGUGGGGUCAAGAAAGAAGGAAUCUGGAAAGAGCAGAGCCAGUCAGACCUAUGGAUGAUGCGGCUGGGCUUAGGCACUGAGGCCCUGAGCCCAAGUGGUCUGCCUUGAUUGUACCCAGCUGUGGCUGGACAUUGCAACUGCCUCGGGUCACUAGGCAGACAGCAUGCCUAGGCCCUACCCCCAGAGGUCUGACCUAGUUGACCUGAGGUAGGGGUCAGGCAUUGCUAUCUUUAUUCCAGUUCUUAGUGUGACUGUAAUGUAACUAGUUAGGAUUAGAGACACUGAGAAUUUAAUAAUUUCCCAAAUUUUCAUGUGCCUGCAACUCACUUGGAGAUCUUAUUAACACAUUAACUGCUAUGUGAGUUGUAUUUAACUUAUGCUAGUUUUGAGCCUGGGGCCUCGCAAACCAUAUGUAACUCACACAUCUCUUGAUCUAUCUUGACCUAAUA